GGCUAAAAAUCUUCUAUCCUUCUUUUUUAAAGUUGUAGAGUACAUUGUUUUUUGCUACAGAAUCUAAUACCACAAUGUCAAUAUGUGUGACCACUUAACAAAGUUCUUUUUCUUCUCUUAGCUUCUUUAUAUAUAUCCUUCCAUUUCACCACUUAUGAGGAUAUCUACAACUCAUAAAACCAACAUCUUCAUCAAGUUGAUCUUUUCUCUCAACUUUUAAAAUCUUAUCAUUAUCAUUCUUCUUUAACUAUUAAUGGCAUCCAGGAGGAUUCUUAAGGAGCUAAAAGACUUGCAAAGAGACCCUCCCACUUCAUGCAGUGCAGGUCCAGUAGCUCAGGAUAUGUUUCAUUGGCAAGCAACUAUUAUUGGUCCAAAUGACAGCCCUUAUGCUGGUGGUGUUUUCCAAGUCACCAUCCAUUUUCCUCCUGAUUACCCUUUCAAACCUCCAAAGGUGGCUUUCAGGACCAGAGUUUUCCAUCCAAAUAUAAACAAUAAUGGAAAUAUUUGUUUGGACAUUCUUAAGGAUCAAUGGAGUCCUGCACUCACCAUAUCCAAGGUUUUGCUGUCCAUAUGCUCACUGCUAACAGAUCCAAAUCCAGAUGAUCCACUGGUUCCAGAAAUUGCUCAUAUGUGCAAGACUGAUAAAACCAAGUAUGAAUCAAUGGCUCGUAGUUGGACUCAAAAGUAUGCCAUGAACUGAGUCUCAAGAAUUUGUGACAACCACUGAUUUAUUGCUCACAAGUCACAAGCAAUAUAUAUAUAAUAUGUUCAGGACUGUUGCUCUAUGAAAAUGAGAAUUCAGUGACAGUUGGAUGUAUUUAUAUCUCGGGAUUUGUUUUAAAUAAAAAGGGUGAUUUUAUUUUUUCUGUUAUUCAAAUUCAACUAGAGAAUUGUACUCAAGUUAAUGAUGCAUGUAAUCCUUUCCUUCAAGUCAUAUGUACAUGAUUGAGUUUGGAAGUAAGAUUCUCUCACAAGAACUCCUUAUUAAAUUAAAGUUUAAACGUUGUUAAA